CUCCCACCUGCGCUAGCGAUGCGCCUGAUCCUGCGCGAGUCGUUAGAUCUGACAGACGAAUUUAUUUUGGAAAUUAGCCGUGUAAACAUCAACGUUUUGAUAUGAUUGCGAUCAAAAUGCCUCAUAGAAUCGACGCUGCGCCUUCCUGAGAUCUAAUUAUGACAGAAGACGCGUUUUAAUCAGCGCGAGGAUCGAUGGGAGAGACUUUAAUGUCAGAUUGAACCGCUAAGGUGAAACUCUGGUGCCAUGAUCCAGUGUGCAAACUGUUUGUUUAUGUUUAUGUAUAUUUAAAUAGAUGAAUAAUGCCUGGGAAGCUAAAGGCGAAGAUUGUUGCCGGGCGGCACCUGCCUGUCAUGGACCGCGCCAGCGAUCUCACAGACGCCUUUGUGGAGGUGAAGUUUGGAAACACAACAUUUAAAACGGAUGUGUACCCCAAAUCCCUGAAUCCUCAGUGGAAUUCAGAGUGGUUCAAAUUUGAGGUGGAUGAUGAGGAUUUGCAGGAUGAGCCUUUGCAGAUAACUGUUCUCGACCAUGACACAUACAGCGCUAAUGAUGCGAUAGGAAAGGUGUAUAUCGACAUUGAUCCAUUGCUCUGCAGUGAAGCUGCUACUGUCAUCUCUGGCUGGCUUCCCAUCUAUGACACUAUACAUGGUAUAAGAGGGGAAAUCAACGUGCUGGUGAAGGUGGAUCUCUUCAACGACCUGAACCGCUUCAGACAGUCUUCAUGUGGGGUUAAAUUCUUUUGUACAACCUCCAUUCCCCGAUGUUACCGGGCCGUUAUGGUACAUGGCUUUGUGGAAGAGCUUGUGGUGAAUGAGGAUCCAGAGUACCAGUGGAUUGAUCGUAUCAGAACCCCUCGAGCUUCCAACGAGGCCAGACAGAGACUCAUCUUUCUCAUGUCAGGUGAAUUGCAGAGGAAGAUUGGUCUUAAGGUCCUGGAGAUGGGAGGGAAUGCAGUGGUGGGCUACCUACAGUGUUUUGACCUGGAAGGAGAAUCAGGCCUUGUGGUUCGUGCCAUCGGAACAGCCUGCACGCUUGAGAAAAUCAGCACGCUCCCUGCCACAGCCACACACCCCAGCAACUCCUCUCCAUCGAAAGACAUGAAAGACUCUCCGCAGGCUGCUCCUUCCACUCUCGGAUGUCGCUCCACACACAGCAGUCCAGUUCACAGUGCAAGCAGUCGUCUUUCUCAGGGCUUCUCCGUUUCCGUGCCAACACUGCUGUUCGCCGGUAUGAAACCCAGACACAGGAGCUCAGAAGCCCCCAGAGCCAGGCAGUGUAGGCCAGGGUUUGGGGAGGAGGCCCCAGGCGUCCCGUUAUCCUCAGGACCCCCAACCCCUCUGAGAGCACAAACCUUCUCCUCCUUCUCCCCCUCCAAGUCCUACAGUCGCCAGUCCUCCUCCUCUGACACCGAGCUCAGCCUAACCCCCAAAACCGUGGGGAUAUUUCUGUGUCCCAGUUCUCCCGCCCUUGAGUCUGAAUCAUCUCCCCUCCCCUCUGCCCAUCUGCCCCGUCACUUACGGUCAGGGAUGGCCUCCAGGAGUACAACUCCUCCCCCACUUCAUGUCAGCCAAUCAGAUUCAGCCAUGCUGAGAAAGAGCGUGUCUUUCAGUGAGGAACUGCUGCUGGCGGUCUCUGGAAUGGGAAGUGGCGGCAGUGCAGGAAAGGAGGCGGGGCCUCUUAAAGCUCUUCUGAGGCAGCAGACCCAAUCAGCACUGGAGCAGAGAGAAUACCCAUUCUUCACAUUGACCGCCUUUCCUCCUGGUUUUCUCCUUCACGUGGGAGGUGUGGUCAGUGCACGCUCAGUAAAGCUUCUGGAUCGAAUCCACAACCCAGACGAGCCCGAGACACGGGAUGCGUGGUGGGAGGAGAUCCGUCAGGAAAUAAAGUCUCAUGCCAAAGCUCUCGGCUGCCACGCUGUGGUGGGGUACAGCGAGUCCACCAGCAUCUGUGAGGAGGUGUGUAUUCUAUCAGCGUCAGGCACCGCGGCGAUCCUCAGCUCCCGGUUCAUGCAGGACGCCCCACUGGAAACCGAACACAGGUUGUCACGGCAACCGCUUUGUGUCUUUUCUACAGGGUCUGAGAGGGUCGAGGGGGAUAUGGGUAGUUCAGCCUCGCUAGGAUUUGAGGAGGUGGUGUCCCCUGGCUGUGGGUUUUGUCACAUACCGUACGAUGAGUUGAAUAUACCGUUUCCUGCUCAGCUCACCUAUUGCUACUGCUGUCGCCGCUACAAAGUGCCCGACGUCCUCUUCACCACGAUCGACCUGCCUAAUGAAGCCAACGUCACCGGGAAGGGCUGCCUGAUUCAGGCCAGGCUGUGCCGGACUAAAAAGAAAGCCCAGGGAGAAGGGAACGCCACGUCCAUUAGCAAUCUUCUGCCUUUUCUAGAGUACGAACUCCACACACAGCUGAUGAACAAACUAAAGCUACGAGGCAUGAACGCUUUGUUUGGUCUUCGUAUCCAAAUCAGUGUGGGAGAGACCAUGCUGCUAGGACUAGCGUCUGCUACAGGAGUUUAUCUGACAGCUUUACCCAGUCCUGGAGGAAUCCAGAUUGCAGGAAAAACUCCUAGCGACAUCACAUAUGAACAGCAUAUCUCCAAUAUGCAGAAAAAAAUCAAUGACACCAUUGCUAAAAACAAAGAAUUGUAUGAAAUCAACCCUCCAGAGGUUGUCGAAGAGAUCAUUGGCUCGCCGAUCCCUGAGCCCCGUCAGAGGUCUCGUCUCUUUCGUUCUCACUCAGAAAGUUCAGACGAGGUGUCAGAACUAGACCUAUCCCACGGGAAGAAGGAUGCCUUUGUGUUGGAGAUUGAUGACACAGAUGCUGUGGAAGAUAUACAUGCACUUCUGACUGAUUCCCCAACGCCAGCGGGAUUCUACAGCUGCAACACUGAAAUUAUGCCUGGGAUUCAGAACUGGACUUCAGCUAUACAGAUGUUUACCUCCGUGAGAGUCUUCCGCCUUAACAAUGUCAACUUAACCAAUCAGGGACUGAAUAAGAUUUUUACUGACCUCUGUGAGAAUCUGCUAAAGAGUUUGUACUUCAAACUGCGGUCGAUGGUCCCCUGUUGUCUUUGUCACUUGAACUUUACCGUGGCCAUACCUGAAGAUGAGCUCAUACAGGUGGCGGUGACAGCUGUGGCAAUGAGCUUUGACAAAGAGCAACCUUUGGAGAAUGGCAAACAAAGUGGGGAAAAGACACUGAUUAAGGCCAUAACCGAAAAUGACGAGCAGCUUCAGUUCAAUCUGGAGCUCAAUGCUGAAACAUCAUCUCCCAAUCCUCUCAGCUCCCCCAAAGGUCUAUCAGAGGUUGGCAGCCAUCCGUCAGCCAGAGCCCCCUCAGUUGAUUACAGUUCCUUUGCAGACAGAUGCAGCUCCUGGAUAGAGCAGCUAAAACUGAAAGCUCACACCAUAAGACGCGGAUCGGUUAAAACAACAUCAUCUCUGGAGAAGGCCAGCCCGUUGCCUGAAGGCCGCUCUCGUUCUCUUCGGUCGAAUCGCUCCUACUCAGGCAGUUCUGUGGCAGUGGUCAAAAUGACCCCGCUCUCUUUCAUUCCUGGAGCUAAGAUCAUCAAAUACCUCGGCAUCAUCAACAUGUUCUUCAUUAGAGAGACCACCUCGCUCAGAGAGGAGGGAGGUGUGAGUGGGUUUCUGCAUACGUUUAUUGCUGAAGUAUUUGCGAUGGUUCGCGCCCACGUCGCUGCUCUUGGAGGAAAUGCAGUCGUGUCCUACAGCAUGAAAGAGUGUGUGUUCAUGGAGAACCCUAACAAAAACCAGGCGCAGUGCCUAAUCAACGUCAGUGGGGACGCUGUUAUUUUUGUCCGGGAAUCUGAACUUGAGUCGACUUCGGUACAGCCACAAUCAGCCACCACACAGACCUCCAACGGUGGGGAAGGAACGUGAACCAACAUACACACUGACAAACUCUCAAGUAAACUAGUCUUACCAUGAACCAUGCCAUUUCAAGCAGUGUCGCGCUAAAAUCUACCAACCAAAAAAAAAAAAAAAUCUCCAAAAAGAACCAAAAAUCUAGACCUGAUUGGUUCUCCCAAGUGUCAUAUUUUAGACCCUUUAAAUGGCCAAUAUUUAGUUUUAUUUUAGAAUAAUGUUUUAAAAUCCCUCCGUCAGAAGCCUUUCAAAAAGGUUGUCUGCCAUGUUUCUAUGUGUUGGCCAUUGUUGUUCACAUUCCAUGUUGUCCAUAAGUGGCGGAGGCAGCUACCAAAUUCAAAAGGUCUAUAAAAUUUGUCUUUGUGUUUGCAAAGAGUGUGUAAACGUGUCAACGACUCUCUAAAUGGCCAUGUUUUUUUAUUUAAACAAAGGAAUAAACUACUGAUGCACUCACAUGGACAUCCAGUUCAGGAUUUUAAAUACUGGCUUCAAAUACGACACUUCCUGUCAUGUCCUACUGAUCUCAUGUCAAAUGCUGGAAAUGUUUGUUUGCUUUCAUGUGCCACAAUGUAUGCUUUUUUUUUUUUUAAAUUCAUAAUGUUUGGGUCGGACUUGUGCAAGGCCGCUCUGGUUCUCUUGCAUGUGCAAUGCCAGUUAAUCAUUAAGAGAAAGAGAUAUUUUAAAGCAGAGUUGUCAUUCACCAUGGACUGACACUUGAAUGUACAGAUGACAGGUCUGGAUAUGAGGUAGGCUCUGCUCAUGUGUUGACUGACUUUUAAUGCUAUUAUUUUGUAUAUGUGUUUGCCUGAGGACAAAUCAAAAUUGCACAUUAAUAAGAUAUAAUUGAAUAAAACUAUUAUUGCUCUGG